CCAAACUACUUAAGGGUCCGCAGAGGCACGAGCUGCAGAGCAAGAAGUUCCGCGAGCCCUCUGAGCGGACCCCUCACGCGUUCAUCCGGUGUCUGUGUCUACCCUGAACCCGGUGAGACCGUGCACGCUGCUCCCGGUCCUUCACUUCUCCUCAGACCCGGAGAGAGAGAGAAAGAGAGAGAGGAGCGCUGAUUGGCUGAUCCGUGACAGCUCUGCCUCCGCGCGCAUAUAUAUUGGGUUCAGAGGCUCGCGCGUUUCAACAGUUUCUGAACCUGCAGGAACCCCCAAGGGCACGCGCGGCACUUUAACACAGACUGAUCUAAAACAGAGUCCAUGGCGGCCCCCGCUCACAGCAGCAGCAGCAGCAGCAGCAGCGUGUGGAUGCUGGUCCUGGGGGUGUGUGUGUCCGUGGUCGUGGGAUCGGACUGUGGGAAGGAGUGUGCACUGUGUGUGUACCGCCUGCUGGGACAACAGUCUACCCUCUCCUCCCUGACGUGCUCUCUGGAGUGUAAGGGCGGGUUGGACAGCCAGAAGCUCCGCCUGUGCCGGGACUUCCUGUUGGCGGAGGACAGCCACGCCGGCCUGGAUCUUGACCCCCAUGAACAGCAGGAACAGGAAGUGGCGGCUGCUUUGUCCCCAGAUGACGACGACACCACAUCACCCGAACACCAGCUGGCCAAGAAGUACGGCGGCUUCAUGAAGCGCUAUGGUGGUUUCAUGUCCCGCCGCUCCUCCUCCUCUCCAGAGGGGGCGCUAGAGGACCCUGGAAACCAGGACGAGGAAGACAUACGUCUGGAGAUCCUGAGGUUCCUGAAUGCAGCAGCAGAGCAUGGCGGGGAGGGGGAGGGUCAGGGAGGAGAGGAGGUGAAGAGAUAUGGAGGCUUCAUGCGCCGCGCUGAAGAGGGGGCGGCACGCAGCGACCUGCUGGAGGCGGUGCUGGGGCGGGGGCUCAAGAAGCGUUAUGGGGGGUUCAUGAGGCGUGUGGGACGGCCUGAGUGGCUGGUGGACAGCAGCAAGAGUGGAGGGGUGCUGAAACGGGCGUGGGAGAACAGCAGUGAGCUACAGAAGAGGUACGGGGGGUUCAUGGACUAGGACAUCACAUUUAUGACCCUCCACUCCCCCAGCACUCGAGCCCCCCCCCCCCCUCUAACCAACCCUCCUGUGGUCUGGACCUGUAGCUGUUUGAAUCAACGUUCUGCUUAUCACAGUACAUCAUGUGGCUCUGUAUAACACGCUGCUCCUCCUCCUCCUCCUCCUCCUCCUCCUCCUCCUCCUCCUCCUCCUCCUCCUCCUCUUCAUCCGUUCAGUUGGUCCUGUGAUGAUAAAGAAGCAUUCUGUUCACACGUGCACAAAUCAUUUCCACUCUGUUUUUGCUCCCUGUAAUGAUAUUAUUUAUUAAAGAAUCUAUUGAUCGAGG